AUGGGGGCAGUGGAGCGGCCUGAGAUGGCCGGCGGGUUUGCCGACUUCGAUGCUGGUCACCGGGAUCUGGUAUCUGUCACCAAGUUCAACUUUUACGGGACUCGGAUUGUCACGGCCUCAUCGGACCAUAGAUUGAAAGUGUGGGAUCUGAAAGAGGGUCAAUGGCAUCUAACUGACACCUGGCGCGCCCACGACGCCGAGAUUCGCGAUGUAAGUGGCAACGACCACGCCUUCUCUUAUGUGAACCAAACAACUACUGACUUUCGGUCCAAGGCAACAUGGAACGGUCCCUUUGCUGGCCAACAUCUUGGUAGUGUUGGAGAGGAUAUGAGACUUAAGAUUUGGCAGGAAGAUGUGACACAGCCGUCUAACUCAGGACGGCGGUUCAGAUCUGUCUUUCGCAUGACUGCUCCCCAACGGCAUCCAUUUGUUUCGCUCGAUUUUCGAAACAUUGACCUGGAAUCAUGGCUUGCUGUCAUCACCCGAGACGGAUAUCUGAUGGUCAUGGAGCCCGUCAGCCCAGACAGCUUGGCAGAUUGGCAGACACUAGACCAAUUUAGAGUAUGUCCAGCGCCCGAGCGGGGCGAGGAAACAAGCUUUAAAGUCCAGUUCCACCAUGAUCCAACUGAUAUCACACAUACCUUGCUGCCAGAUUCGGACGGAAAGACACUAUCACUGGUAGUGGCAGCCAUGGACUCCGUCAAGGUGUAUCGCACUGGUGGCAAUCGGCGCUUCUAUCAUGCCAUUGAACUCAAUGGGCAUGGCGGUCUUGUGCGCGAUAUCUCAUGGGCCAACGGAUCCGUGAGAGGCUAUGACCUCAUCGCAAGUGGUGGCAAAGACGGACUUAUUCGUAUUUUCGAGGUCUACACAACAGUAGUAACCCAGGGCUCUCACACACCCAAUAGCCGAAAAGCUGAACGGCGUCAGCAACAACCUUCCUCGCUCCGGACCACAUCCCAAUCUGGUAUUGGAAAUGCCCUCGCCAACCGUACACCUGCCUCUGUCUCCAACCGUCAAGCGAAUGAGGAUUCCCAAUUUCGCCAUUCAUUCAAGCAAGUGGCGUGUAUUGAUAGCAAACAUCUAGAUGUGUGGCAGGUGGAGUUCUCUUUCGCUGGUGAUUCCCUUAUUUCAUCUGGAGAUGACGGUGCUGUUCGUUUUUGGAAAAAGUCGUUAUCUGGAGAGUGGCUCGAGUUUGCGGAGACUGACAUGGCGUCCCAAUAA